GAAGAGACGCUGCAGCUGCGGUGGCGGUGGCGGCCACUGCAGCUCAGAGCGGCGCACGCGGCGGCCGGGGCGGGACGCGGGGCCGGGCGCGGAGAAGUCGGGGCGGGCGGCAGAGAGGCCGGGACGCGGACCGGGCCGGGGCGCCCACAGCCGCCCGACGGCCCCCAGAGAGCGCGCGCCCCGCAGCCCCGCGCCUAGCCCGCCGGGCAUGGGGCGCGCGGCAGCCGCCUGAAGCCCCGGCCUGGCCCGGCCGCACCCGGCCGGAGGCGGAGGGCAGAGCGCGCCCAGUUGCCCGGGCACCAAAUCGGAGCGCGGCGUGCGGGAGGGCCCAGAGCAGGACUGGAAAUGUCCUGGCCGCGCCGCCUCCUGCUCAGAUACCUGUUCCCGGCCCUCCUGCUUCACGGGCUGGGAGAGGGUUCUGCCCUCCUUCAUCCAGACAGCAGGUCUCAUCCUAGGUCCUUAGAGAAAAGUGCCUGGAGGGCUUUUAAGGAGUCACAGUGCCAUCACAUGCUCAAACAUCUCCACAAUGGUGCAAGGAUCACAGUGCAGAUGCCACCUACAAUCGAGGGCCACUGGGUCUCCACAGGCUGUGAGGUAAGGUCAGGCCCAGAGUUCAUCACAAGGUCCUACAGAUUCUACCACAAUAACACAUUCAAGGCCUACCAGUUUUAUUAUGGCAGCAACCGGUGCACAAAUCCCACUUAUACUCUCAUCAUCCGGGGCAAGAUCCGCCUCCGCCAGGCCUCCUGGAUCAUCCGAGGGGGCACGGAAGCCGACUACCAGCUGCACAACGUCCAGGUGAUCUGCCACACAGAGGCGGUGGCCGAGAAGCUUGGCCAGCAGGUGAACCGCACAUGCCCGGGCUUCCUCGCAGACGGGGGUCCCUGGGUGCAGGACGUGGCCUAUGACCUCUGGCGAGAGGAGAACGGCUGUGAGUGCACCAAGGCCGUGAACUUUGCCAUGCAUGAACUUCAGCUCAUCCGAGUGGAGAAGCAGUACCUUCACCACAACCUCGACCACCUGGUCGAGGAGCUCUUCCUUGGUGACAUUCACACUGAUGCCACCCAGAGGAUGUUCUACCGGCCAUCCAGUUACCAGCCCCCUCUGCAGAAUGCCAAGAACCACGACCAUGCCUGCAUCGCCUGUCGGAUCAUCUAUCGGUCAGACGAGCACCACCCUCCCAUCCUGCCCCCAAAGGCAGACCUGACCAUCGGCCUGCACGGGGAGUGGGUGAGCCAGCGCUGUGAGGUGCGCCCCGAAGUCCUCUUCCUCACCCGCCACUUCAUCUUCCAUGACAACAACAACACCUGGGAGGGCCACUACUACCACUACUCAGACCCGGUGUGCAAGCACCCCACCUUCUCCAUCUACGCCCGGGGCCGCUACAGCCGCGGCGUCCUCUCCUCCAGGGUCAUGGGAGGCACCGAGUUCGUGUUCAAAGUGAAUCACAUGAAGGUCACCCCCAUGGAUGCGGCCACAGCCUCACUGCUCAACGUCUUCAACGGGAAUGAGUGCGGGGCCGAGGGCUCCUGGCAGGUGGGCAUCCAGCAGGAUGUGACCCACACCAAUGGCUGCGUGGCCCUGGGCAUCAAACUACCUCACACGGAGUACGAGAUCUUCAAAAUGGAACAGGAUGCCCGGGGGCGCUAUCUGCUGUUCAACGGUCAGAGGCCCAGCGACGGGUCCAGCCCAGACAGGCCAGAGAAGAGAGCCACGUCCUACCAGAUGCCCUUGGUCCAGUGUGCCUCCUCUUCGCCGAGGGCAGAGGACCUCGCAGAAGACAGUGGAAGCAGCCUGUAUGGCCGGGCCCCUGGGAGGCACACCUGGCCCCUGCUGCUGGCUGCACUUGCCUGCCUUGUCCCUCUGCUGCAUUGGAACAUCCGCAGAUAGAAGUUUUAGAAAGUUAUAUUUUUCCAAACCAGGAUUCCUUACUAUUGACAGAUUUUCUUUACCAAAAGAAAAGACAUUUAUUCUUUUGAUGCACUUGAAUGCCAGAGAACUGUCCUUCUUUUUCUCCUCUCCCUCCCUCCCAGCCCCUGAGUCAUGAACAGCAAGGAGUGUUUGAAGUUUCUGCUUUGAACUCCGUCCAGCCUGAUCCCUGGCCUGAGCAACUUCACAACAGUAAUUGCACUUUAAGACAGCCUAGAGUUCUGGACGAGCGUGUUUGGUAGCAGGGAUGAAAGCUAGGGCCUCUUAUUUUUUUCUCUUAAUUAUUAUUAUAUUUCUGAGUUAAACUUAGAAGAAACAGCUAUCAAGCUACAACUUUUCCUGCCAUUUUCCUGUGGUUGCAGCUUGUCUUCCUUUGAAAUUGUUUUACUCUCUGAGUUUUAUAUGCUGGAAUCCAAUGCAGAGUUGGUUUGGGACUGUGAUCAAGACACCUUUUAUUAAUAAAGAAGAGACACAGGUGUAGAUAUGUAUAUACAAAAAGAUGUACGGUCUGGCCAAACCACCUUCCCAGCCUUUAUGCAAAAAAAGGGGAGAAUCAAAGCUUUCGUUUCAGAAAUGUUGCGUGGAAAAGUAUCUGUAAUUAAAGUUUCGAAGUAAUUUAA